UUCAAACUUGAGUUCGGCGAAAAACUUCGGGGACAAGGGUUAGGAUCGCUCCGUGGUCGCAAGCUCGAGGGUGACCGGUUGUGGCGAAGUGCAUAACACUGCAUGGGGUUCUUGCAUGAGCUGACAAACUGCUAGCCGAAGCUUAAGAGAGCGGAUUGUAACCAACCCUGGUCAAGUCUCAUUACGAAGCUUCGGCUGUGCUCCAUGGGGCCCGGACUUCUUCAGCAUUUUGUUCCCACCUUUAGCCUCUCUACACACCGGACGAGUUCAGCCAAUUCGACGCGAAGAUCAUUAGUAGCAAUGGCAACUGACCCGGAUACGCCACAGCCACUGAAGAGACGGGACACGUUUUUCAAUGGGUCAAAUGAUCCUGCCUUGCAGCCUGCUCACGAAGCCACUUCAUCCCAGCGCAAGUUCUGGAAGAGCAUCAGGAAGGACCUAAAGAAAGACGAUAUAAAACGAGUCGAUGCCGUCGUACAGAGCUACGAGAAUGAUCAUACGAUAGCAGGGCUGGAGAGCCUCCUGGCCGAAUAUCUUCCAGCUGCGGAAGAUGAGAAGAAUAAGCUGUACGACAGGCGAGAGAAGGGAGGAAAGCAGGUGUCGACCCACGUGCAGAAAUUUGCAAAGACAUUUGCGGAUUUCCUAGGGUGUUAUUCGCAAGUGUUGGAGCUUGUGAAAACGGCGGAUAAUCAGUUUGGAGGGGUAGCAGUACAGACGUUGUCGCUUCUGUUAGUGGUUGCUGUGAACAAGUCGGGCAAGGAAGAGCUCAUCGAAAACUCUUUGCUCAAGAUCAAACACAACUUUCCUCGAUUGAGGGGGCUCCGGAACAUCUAUCCGACGCCGAAAAUGCAGGAGCUUGUCGCGCAAGUGUAUGAGGAUGUGCUCGUAUUUGCGCAAAGGGCGAUUGAAUAUUACAAACGGUCAGCAUGGGCCAGAGUGUGGAAAGCGAUAUCUGAGCCUCCACAGCUCAGCGUGCAGAUUGCGGUUGACAAGAUUCUCGAUGAGCUUGCGGAAGUCAAGGAUGAAACUAACUUUCUGUUGAACGGAAGAGUCCACAAACUAGAGCAUGAUGUAGAGCAAGUGAAGACGAUGCUAGAAGAUCAAAAGCACGUUCUGGAAGACCAGCACGAGGAAGACCAGCAGAGAAUCUCGAACAUGCAGAAGGAGCUACGAAGCGUGCAAAGCGGCGUCGGGCAGAUUAAACGCAAUCAUAGUGAAGAGCUCCUUUCCACGCUUCAAGAAGGCCUACUCCCCGAUCAGUUCUUGUGCACGGAACAGCUGGAAGAUUAUCGCGGACAAUUACAAGCUCGCUUUGGACGAAAGGCAUCUACAAAAUUUGGACUCGCCCAAAUCAUGAAUCAGGACGCAUAUCAAAGGUGGCAGCAGAGCAAGACGUUCCAGACCCUCGUCCUCCGCGGCCGGACCAGAGUGAGCAAUACCGCCCUAUCCUGGCUCAGCCAAGCAGCCGUCGAACUCGUCGAUAAGCUCAAGCACGACUUUGCCCAAGACAAGACGACGGCCGUCAUUUACCAUUUCUGCAAGCGGGAAGGCAUGACCGAAGACGACCACAUGCAUACGACACUUUCUCGCCUCGUCUACCAACUCCUGCAGGCUCGGCCUAGCGUGCUAGAUGAGCGCUCGACGUACGCUUCGUAUACGUCGCAGCUCGAGAGCGCGUCCUGGCAGAAGCGGCAGUUGAAAACUGCAUGUAAGCUGCUCGUUGACGCCAUGAGUGCUUUCGAAACCGUGUACGUGGUCAUCGACCGGCCCGAGACGUGCAAGGGUGGCAAGGGUGGGCUGGCGAAGAUCCUCGAGGCGCUUCAGCAGGCGGAAGGGGUGCUGGUCAAGGUUUUUGUGGUUGCGGAUGGGGAUGAGGCCGAUGAUGCUGACUUGAAUGACUGGAGGGAUGCCGCUGGCGAGGGCGCAUUUGAGGUCCUUGACGGGUUGGAUCAGAGAUAGCUGUUCUUUCUCCGCGACACAACUAGCCUCUUCAAAUGACGUACUUGGCCUUCCGAAAGGCGCAGGUUUGGCUACGGAGGUAACCAGGUAUGGACCCCCUUAGGCCAAAGUUUUCAGGGCGCAUAACUACAAUGUGUUUGAUACAGCUCUACUACAUUCUCGCGCCCCUUUCGAAACUGAAAAGUCCUCUCCCUUUUCGUUCAGUAUCCUGCCUCACCCAC